CGGCCCAUAGAGCGAUGUAAACAUGGCAGCCUCCAGUGCUCGCUGUACUGCACGCUGGCUGUCAAGCGGGUUACCUGGACUUCGCAGCACCUGUGCGCUUAUAAAGACCUCUAGACACGGAGACACUGCAGCUCUGAGGAUAUGCUGGAUUCGCAGUUAUGUGAAGGAGGGUAAUUUAAGCUGCUGGAGGCACAGAGGAGGUGUGACAUUGAACAACAGGGUACCAGUGUUGAGAAGCCACAGUGUUUUCAGCUCUCAUUUCUUCCACACUACUUCUGGUUGCCAUCAGCAGGACUUCUAUGAUGUUUUGGGGGUUCCUCGGACUGCCUCUCAGAAAGACAUUAAGAAAGCCUACUACCAGUUGGCCAAGAAAUACCAUCCAGACACCAACCCAGAUGACCCUGACGCAAAAGAGAAGUUUGCCAAGCUGGCAGAAGCCUAUGAAUUUGUGAUGGAGCUGACGUUCAUGCAGGCUGCCAAAGGCGUGAAUAAGGAGAUAACGGUCAACAUAGAUGACACCUGUCCACGCUGUGACGGAAAAGGUCAUGAGCCGGGAACUAAAGUGUCACAUUGUCACUACUGCAAUGGAACUGGCAUGGAGUCUAUAAACACAGGUCCGUUUAUGAUGCGCUCAACAUGUAGGCGGUGCAGUGGGCGGGGCUCUAUCAUCAUCACUCCUUGCAUCAUGUGUCGAGGAACUGGACAAACCAAACAGAAACAGACCGUUAUGGUACCUGUGCCUGCAGGUAUAGAAGACGGACAGACAGUUAAGGUGCCAGUCGGGAAGAAAUACAUUUACAUCACAUUCAGAGUCCAGAGGAGUCCAGUGUUUCGUCGUGAUGGCACUGAUAUCCACUCUGAUGUGAUGAUUUCAGUAGCACAGGCGAUACUAGGAGGAACAGCCAGAGCACAGGGCCUGUACAGCACCAUCGACAUUGCGAUUCCUCCAGGCAUUCAGACAGACCACAAGAUCAGACUGGCAGGAAAAGGCAUCCCACGCGUGAAUAGCUUCGGUUAUGGAGAUCAUUUUGUAUAUAUCAAAAUCAAAAUUCCUAAGUAA